AUGUGCGUGGAGGGAUUCGAGGACGCGCAGAUCGAGAGGCCGGCGGAUUUCGCGAUGGAGAGAGUCUGUGAAAACACAGUGUCCAUUGAUUUCAAGCAAGCCAAGAUGGUGGCUGGGAUUGGAGAGAGCUGGCACAAUUUUAUCCCAGCUAUCCGAUCAGGGGAUUGGUCUGACAUUGGUGGCCGUGAUUACAUGGAAGAUGCGCAUGUCUGCAUCCCCAACCUAGCCAAGAACUUUGGGUACAACAUGGUGGAUGAUGAAGUUAUUUCCUUCUAUGGGGUGUUUGAUGGACAUGGUGGAAAAGAUGCCGCACAGUAUGUUCGCGACAACUUGCCACGGGUCAUCGUGGAAGAUGCUGCUUUUCCUCUUGAGCUCGAGAAGGCAGUCAGGAGGUCGUUUGUGCAAACUGACAGUCAGUUUGCAGAGAAGUGCUCUCUACAGGAUGGGCUUUCUUCUGGAACAACUGCACUUACAGCAAUGAUUUUUGGGAGGUCUCUUCUGGUCGCAAAUGCUGGUGAUUGCCGAGCGGUCCUCUCCCGGCGCGGCGCCGCAAUCGAAAUGUCCAAGGACCACAGGACCUGCUGCCUGAAUGAAAGAAAGCGGGUCGAAUCCCUAGGCGGCUACGUUGACGACGGCUAUCUGAACGGCCAGCUAGCGGUCACCAGAGCGCUGGGUGACUGGCACCUCGACGGCCUGAAGGAGAUAGGCGAGCCGGGAGGCCCGCUGAGCGCAGAACCGGAGCUCAAGAUGAUCACGCUGACCAAGGACGAUGAGUUCCUCAUCAUCGGCAGCGACGGCAUCUGGGACUACUUCUCCAACCAGAACUCGGUGGACUUUGCGCGGCGGAGGCUCCAGGAGCACAACGACCUCCGGCGGUGCUGCAAGGAGAUCGUGGAGGAGGCGAUCCGGCGGGGCGCCACUGACAACCUGACGGCGGUCAUGGUCUCCUUCCACCAGGAGGCCCCUCCCCAGAUCAGGGUGAACAGGGCGGGCAGGGUCGAGCGGAGCAUCUCGGCCGAGGGGCUCCAUAGCCUCAGGGUGCUCCUGGAAGGCCAGUGA